UUUAUUUGAAAAUUUUUCUUCCAUACUGUUAUUUACACUAAAUCCAAUUAAAAAAUAUUAUGAAAUCACACCGGCCAGGCCGCAAGCCGACGGCCUCGCCGCCACCCUCCGCAGCGCUCAGCGACACGACUCUUGACACGCUCUAUCUCUCAGACACGCGCACUCCUCUGGACCCGGCGAUCCUCAGCGAGCUGCUGGGCACUCUUCAGCAGCAGCAGCAGGACACGGAUGAUUACACCCAAAUAACAAACCCCACCGUGCUCCUGGGCCUGCACUCCCUGGACGACUUUGAGCGCCAGGCCGCCAACCACCAUCAUAUGGGUACUUUUGACGAGGCUGAGCUGUCGGCAGCAUUGGGUCAGAUCGACUGGUCCACUUUUAUGCCUCCCCCGCCACCGCAGCACCAGCAGCACCAGCAGCACCAGCAGCACCAGCAGCUGAUGCAGCAGCAGGGGGGGUCGGAGAGCUUGUUGUUUCCAGAGUCGCCAUGGGAUCUGCCAGAGCAAAGCGAUGAGGCGGAAGAAGAAGAAGGGGAGGAGGAGGAGGAGGAGGAGGAGGACGAGGGAAUGCAUGUGGAUGGCUCCAUGGAGCUGGAGGAGCUGUCAAUGUUCUCGGCACUUCUCGGCAACGUGUCGGCCUUUGAGGACUUUCUGGCCACCCUCAGUUUGAAUCAGCUACGCCAAUGCGCUGCCACAGUCAACUCUGUGCUGGUCAGGAGAGAAAGUGGCAUGGACGUGCGCUCCUCCUCCAAAAACAACAACAGCAACAGCAACAGCAACAGCAACACUAACAACAGCAGACCGCCGCCAUUACCAUUAAACCAGCAGCAGCAGCAGCAGAACUACCAGCAGCAGAACUAUCAGCAGCAGAACUAUCAGCACCAGUACCAGCAGAACUACCACCAGCAGUAUCACCAACACCAGCAGCAGCUGGUGCAGCGGAGAGUGGCGCCACCCCUGUCCUUGCUGCACGAGGAUAACACCGUGCCGUUGUCUGGGCCUACCCUGGAUUUGCUGCGCGAGUGGCUGGAGCCGUCCACGGCCGACAGCGUCAUCACCGCCUUACACGCUGCCAACCUCACUGCAGCCGCCAACAUGGCCACGGCCACCGCUGACGAAGCCCAGCAACAGUCGCUGUUCGCCCAUACCCCGCUGCUACCGAUACCGCCGCCACCGCCGCCCUUCCCAUCCACAGCGUCCUCUCCGCUACCAUCGGCAUCGACACCGGCAUCGGCAUCUCUACCGCAGCCUCAGAAGCAGCAGCAGCAGCAGCAGCAGCAGCAGCGGCGGCAGAAUCAGAAUCAGUCGCAGCAGACUCAGCCAGAACCCGCCCCACCCUCCUCCUCCACCGCCUCUACCACUGCCGCCCCUCAGCAGCAGCCAACAGUCGGCGGGCCACAGCUCGAAACCGACUCAGACUCCAUCCCCUGGCUAAUCUUCGUCUACGCACAAAAAGGCAAACCACGCCAACACCGAAUCCGCAUCGAUAUUGACCGAGCGCCGCUCCCAGCAAUCCCACAAAGCUUCCAAACCAAUAACUGCGUUUACCCAAGGGCAAACUGCUCCCGCGCCCAGUAUGCCGGCAACCGGUGGAGCUACGAAACGGAGUGUAAUUCGCUAGGAUGGAAAUUGGCUUUUCUCAACCAGGAGCUUUUGUCUGGGAGGAGGGGGUUGUUGCAGACGGCGGUCAAUAACUAUCGUACGAUGGUGGCUGGGAGGAAGAGUCGGAGGAUUACGAGGAUGGAGAAGGCUAAGAUGGGAGGCGCAGCGAAGAGGAGUCUCGAGGAGGCAGAAGCUGAGGCGGAUGCUGAGGCGGAGGCUGAGGCGGAGGCUGAGGCAGAGGCGGAGGCGGAGGCGGAGGGGAUCCAGGCUACGGUUGUGGCGGAGAGCGCGAAGCGGCAGCGGAAAGACAGCGUUGCGUCAGCACCACCAGAGGAGGAGGAGCAAGAGGCGGAGCUGACGCCAACGGCAGCAGAGCCGGCGCCCUCGCCCUCGCCUUCGCCCUCGCCCGCCCCAGCCCUCCCCCCCAACGCCCCCGCCGCGGCCUCGGCCUCGUCCUCGUCCUCAUCUUCUGCGGAAACAGCCAAAAGCCUAACGAUCAACGCAUUUAUCAGCGGCAAAUUCACGCGCAUCCGGAUCAACAUCGACCUCACCACACCCACCGCCACAUCCACACAAGUCCCGCGCACUUUUCAGCACCAACACGCAGUCUUCCCACGCGCCCUAAUCGCGCCCAAAUCCAAAUACGACUCCCUAUCCCCGGGCCGCUGGGAAUUCGAAACCACCUGCAAUGAGCUUGCGUGGAAGCUCGCUUGGCUGAAUAAACCCCGGUUGGAGGGGAGGAAGCCGCUGAUUCAGAGGUGUUUGGACGUUUAUCGUGCGAGGUUUAGGCUGCCGCCGUGGAAGUGGCUGGCGUGCUUUGCGGGGGAAAUGAAGGGUGUGGUAGAUGAGAGAUUCUUUGAGUAUUGGGCGCAGAGGCCUGGGAAGAGAAGAUGGAGAGGAGAGGAGACGGUUCAGACUCAGCUGAUGCUGCUGCAGCAAAAGGAAGUUGAGCCGGAGCCGGUGGUUGAGGAUCAGGAGCCGAGGAAGGGGAAGAGCGUGGCGGGUGCCAGCAGUAGCGGCGGAACCAAGCGGAACUUGCAGCUGCAGAAGGAGGCUCGGAAGGACGAGGAAGGAAAGGCUCACCAGAAGGAGCAGCAUCAGGAGCACGAGCAGGAAGAAGAAGAAGGGGAACAGGAGCAGCCGCUGAGCGAGCCGCUGAGCUCCACUACUCAUACUCUUUCUGCAACCACUGCUGCUGAGAGGUCACCGCUCGCGGCGUCCUCUGCUCGUCCGCUGCCAUCACCAGCACCGAAGCCCCUACCAUUGACAGCAAAGCCCCCAGUACCGGCACUGACAGCAUCGACAGCAGCACUCACAGUAGCGACACCUGCACCUGCACCUACACCUACACCUACACCCGCACCUACACCUGCACCUGCACCUGCACCUGCACCUGCACCUGCACCUGCAUCUGCACCUGCAUCUGCACCUGCACUGGCGCCGGCACUGGCGAAGGUGCUCCCGUUAAAUUCGGAUUCGGCAACACCGGUACAGCUGCGCCCAGCACCGAAGGUGCCGCUAUCGAAGGUGGCUGCCAGACCCCUGGCUAUGCCUGUGCCUCCUCGCCAACCGCAACCGCAACCGCAACAGCAACAGCAACAGCAACAGAAGCAGCAACAUAUAUCUGCUUUGCCUCGCCAAACACAGCCACUGCGUCCGCAUCUGCACCCGAAUUCGAAUAUGCCGCAGAGACGCGUGCCACCGACGUCCACAUCGACAUCGACAUUGGCAUCGGCAUCAGCAUCGGCACCCAGACAGCCUGUCGCCAUGGCUCCACGCCCGACACCGCCUCCCAACACCACCAAUACCAACAGUGGUUUUGCUAAACUGGGCACCAUGCCCAGCAGUGUCAUGCCUAAGCGUCCUGCCGCUAUGCCUAGCCAACCGACACAACCCAGACCAACAUUACAACCCAACAGCAGCAACAGCAGCAGUGGCAGUUCGGCGAAAUCAGUCAAGGCGCAGGCAGCAGCCAAUAUGCUGACCGAUGUUUUGCGCCAGUUGGCUAGAAAGGACCCGUCGCUGGCUACUUUGAAGGGUGUUGGUUUGGAUAAAGCGCAGCCGGAAUCAGGUGCCCAGUGCGAUGAUGCCACGCUAGAUGCUAAAUUGGCUGAAGCUGAGAAACUCAUCAUUGAUAUGCACAAGAACUAAAAAGCUUGAUUUUUUAAAAUAAACUCAGUUACCAGUUACCAAC